GGCUGUCACUACCCCAUAUAUCAGUUUAAGUCUUUUUUGAUGGUACUUGACAUUCCAGCAUCAAUGAAAUUGACACUGGUCUUCCUCGUCGUGUUCCUGGCAAUAGGCAGUGUCUUCAGCGACACAACUGUGACGAUCUACCCUCAGUGGCUGGCACAGGGACGUAGUGUUCGUUAUGAGACUGACAGGUGGAACAAGCACAAUGGUCUGGAACCGGAGUCCCUCAUGGCUGACUGUCGGAGCAUUGGGACUGACAGUGGACGAUGGCUGAACAGAGAUCUCAAUGACCGACUCUUCCAAGAUUGGCCAGAAGACCCAAACCGUAGCGGCUACCCGGACCCUAACUACUUGAAGAAUGCCACCAAACAGCAGGAACUGUUCUCCACCUAUCUUGCUAACAUUAAAAGUGGUUAUAAGAACGAAAUGGUCAUGGAGGCGAAAGCUGAGUACUGGCCAAGUUGGAUAAAUCAGUCAGAACAUGAAGGUCAGUUCCCUAACAACAUUGAUGCUGCUGCAGAGUUCAUAAUGUUGAUGGUGCAAGGAGUAUAUGACUACACCAAUGGAGAGAUCCCACCAUACUUCGAGCCAAUUAAUGAACCAGACGCUGAACCUGACAUCUGGAAUUUUACUACUAUUGCUAUCUUCCACAAAUUAGUUGCUGAGAAAUUCCAUGCUCGAUUUAACAUCAAGGUAAAUGGUCCUACACUUGACGGAGAAACUGGGUUGGCAGAUAGAAACGACUUUUCGUAUUGGAAAAAGGUGGCCUAUUUCAUGGACCUCACACAAGGCUAUCUAGAUGAAUUUUCCUUCCAUUCGUACAACUCACUCAUUGUUUCAGGGAAAUCUCACAAUCUUACUGGAAUGAAUGAAGCACGUCUGGUAGCAUUUGUCGACCUUGUGGAAAGUUAUGCCUCUCUAAAGACAGGGAAGCAAGUACCCCUUGUUAUCAGUGAGUAUGGCCGCGAUAUUGUGAUGGGAAUUGACAAAUUUGCCCCAUCUGGUAUAGUCGACUUUUCAACAAUAUACCACUGCAAUGCCCACAGAUUUACCCAACUAAGUCUCAGGGAAUACAUUGACAGAACAGUGGUGUUUCUUUUAGCCAAUGAACAACAUUCAGGACAUGGUAGUCUCAACUGGUCACUUUUCACUCUCCAAGGAAACACUACACGUAUUGCUGACGUCUACAAGUUUUGGUACAAAUUCACUACAGACUACUCCUUUAUCAGAACUACCAGCCAAUAUGACGGAACAGAACGAACAGUGUCACCAUUAGUAAUGUCCAGUUCCCUGCAUAACGAAACUGUCGUUCUCUUGCAUAGCUAUUCUCAGAAAACACAAAAUGUCAAGUUAGUAUUUCAAGACGACUGGAUCAAACCUACUAAGGGACAAGCUACUUGUAUCACCAUCAAAGACAACUGGUAUCCAAUCAUGACCUUCAAUACACCCUUUGACAUCCAGAAGACACGGGGAAUGAUUGAACUUCCUCCCGAGGCAACAUGUCACUUUACGUUCAAGAUCACCUCAAACCAGCUACCUAGAGUCAUAUUCAACGAAACCACAUUCUACGGAGCCGAUACACUUAUACCAGUAAAGGACAACGUGGUUUGGACCGAAAUAAAUCUACCAAAAGGCCAGUAUUACAGUGCAAGAAUGAGAGUUUCAACCAGUUGGCCGAUCAAUGUUACGAACAGCGUAUCGUAUCUUACCUUUAACCACCACCGUCUUGACACGUUUUACAAACUGUAUGAUUCUGACAAGUUUAACAGCACCACCAGUUGGGAGGUUUGGGAGUUUGUAGUCCCUACCUCAUUGUUUGUCACAGGGGCUAACCAGGUACAGGUUCACUUCUCAAGCAGCAUGACUACAGGAUAUGUUUCUUCAGUUGCUCUUGUCACAGGCAAGCUUGUCCAAUCUGAUUUGGAUUCCUAAUCAUUAUCCUGAUUAUGAGCAAUGUCUCAAAUGUGAAAUUAUUAAAUAAAUUUUAUCAAUUA